GGCCGGCUGAUGUAUAGUUUCCGGAGUUGGCAGCCCCGCAUGUACUGUCGAUAAUACUCUCUCAUUUUGAUUUUUUAUGGUGGAUAAUACGUGCUAAUUCAAACAACGACGCUUGCCCGCUGCGCUUGUUUUAGCAAAGUUAUUUUAAAUUUGUUUCGUAAAAAAACUGCAAUUAAUAAUGAAUACAACAGUUGAUAUGAAUGAAAACAAGCUGGAGUCGUUUCGAGAAUUCCAUGUGCUGGAAAAACAUCGCAUGGAAAGCUACAAAGAUUGGCCAUUCCCAGCUGACUCAGCCUGCAGCAUAAAUAAGAUGGCUGAAGCUGGCUUCUACUGGACAGGCAACGCUCGUGAGCCCGAUACAGUCACUUGCUUUGUUUGUGGCAAAACAUUAGACGGCUGGGAGUCCGAGGAUGAUCCUUGGAAGGAGCACCUAAGGCAUGCGCCGCAAUGUGAGUAUGCCAAAUUGGGUUGCAAGGAAAAGGACUUAACGGUGGGCCAAUUUUUAAAAAUAUUUACUAAUGUUGUUAACAAAAAAAUAGAAAUGAAUGUAAAGAAAUUUAAAGCAAAUUUCACAAAGAAGAAUGAGGCCAAACUUGAUGAAUUUGUUAAACUGCAUUAUUAG